CUCGCCGAUGUCGUGGAUAUAACCUAAAAGUGUUUAUUGUGUUUAUGAAUGUUGCUUUCCUUUAAUUUACAAGCAAUUAUAUAAAUUAACACGGAUUCAGAAUGGAUGCAGACCUCUACGACGAGUUCGGAAACUACAUCGGACCCGAUUUAGCAUCCGAAAGUGAAGAUGAAAACGAAUAUGGAAUCGUCGGCGACGAGGGAGAUGAUCGCGACAGAUCUGAUGAAGAAAUGGAGGAAGACAAGGACGAUACUCGUGAUCAAAUGGAUACAAAUUCAGCGGCAGUCGUCUUGCAUGAGGAUAAACGAUAUUAUCCAAGUGCGCUUGAAGUUUAUGGGCCGCAGGUGGAAGUUCUAGUCCAAGAAGAAGACGCUCAGCCUCUAGAAAAACCUUUAGUUGAGCCCACAAAAAAACCAAAGUUUCAACUGAAACAGCAGCAACUUCCUGACACAACCUACAAUAUAGAAUUCCUUGCAGACAUGAUGGACGCACCUCAUCUAAUUCGAAACGUAGUUUUGUUGGGACACUUGCAUCAUGGGAAAACGACUCUCGUCGACUGCUUGGUUAGACAAACGCAUCCAUACAUGCACUCCGUGACGGACGAGAAACCUUUGCGGUACACGGAUACACUUUUCACCGAACAGCAGCGAGGCGUUUCGAUUAAAGCGACACCAGUAACUCUCCUCCUGCAGGAUGUAAAAUCCAAGUCUUAUCUGUUGAACAUAUUCGACACUCCGGGUCACGUGAACUUUUCCGACGAAGCCACAGCCGCUAUUCGGAUGUCGGACGGUGCGAUGUUGGUUGUCGAUGCUGCAGAAGGUGUCAUGUUAAACACAGAACGACUUCUGAAGCACGCUAUUCAAGAAAAGCUGGCAAUAACAGUCUGUAUAAACAAGAUUGACCGUUUGGUUUUGGAACUGAAAUUACCCCCAAUAGACGCAUAUUACAAACUGAGGCAUAUUGUUGAAGACAUCAAUACUAAAAUCGCGGAGAUGUCGACUGACGAAAAUCCUGGUUACGUCUCACCCUCGCUCGGAAAUGUUUGCUUUGCCAGUUCCGAGUACAAUGUUUGUUUCACGCUGAAAUCCUUCGCGGCUCUUUACGCUAGAAGAAGUCCUUCAAUAAACGUGAACGAGUUCGCAAAGAGGCUCUGGGGAGAUAUUUUCUUUAAUUCGAAGACGAGGAAAUUCACGAAGAAACCAGCCCACAAUACGGCGCAGAGGAGUUUCAUCGAAUUCAUUUUAGAGCCGCUUUAUAAAAUCUUUGCGCAGGUUGUUGGAGAUGUUGAUACUACCCUGCCAGCUGUUCUGGAUCAAUUGGGAAUCAGGCUAACAUCGGAGGAGAUGAAGAUGAAUAUUAGACCAUUGUUGAGACUUGUCUGCACUCGGUUUUUGGGCGACAUGUCUGGAUUUGUAGAUAUGUGUGUCAAUCACAUUCCUAGUCCUCUCGAUCACAAUUCGGUUAAAGUUCAACAUAUCUACACGGGGCCAAUCGAUUCGCCUCUUGCGCAGGACAUGGUCAACUGUGAUCCAGAUGGACGAUUAAUGGUCCACAGUGCAAAGAUGUACCCGACUGAAGACUGCACUCUUUUCCACGUCCUCGGUAGAGUGAUGUCAGGAACCCUGGAAGCUGGACAACGAGUCCGAGUUCUAGGAGAAGCCUACAGUCGUGCAGAUGAAGAGGACUCAAGAGUCCUCACAGUCGGCAGAUUGUGGAUAAGUGAAGCUCGAUAUUCCAUCGAAUUAAGUCGAGUUCCAGCAGGAAAUUGGGUUCUUAUUGAAGGAAUAGAUAAAUCUAUCGUGAAAACGAGCACCAUCACCGACCUGACAAAUACAGACGAUCUCCACAUCUUCCGCCCUUUGAAGUUCAACACCCAGAGUGUUAUAAAAAUUGCUGUUGAACCUGUAAACCCCUCGGAAUUGCCGAAAAUGUUGGACGGUUUGAGAAAAGUUAACAAAAGCUAUCCACUACUAGGAACGAGGGUCGAAGAAAGUGGAGAACAUGUUGUUCUAGGAACCGGGGAAUUAUAUCUUGAUUGUGCGAUGCACGAUCUUCGUCGAAUGUACUCAGAAAUUGAUAUCAAAGUCGCAGAUCCUGUCGUGUCGUUUGCGGAAACGGUAGUUGAGACCAGUUCGCUGAAAUGUUUCGCAGAAACGCCAAAUAAAAAGAACAAAUUGACGAUGAUUGCUGAACCAUUGGAGAAAAAUUUGGCUGAGGAUAUUGAAAACGAGAAAGUUAAAAUUACAUGGAACAAAAAGAAAUUGGGAGAAUUUUUCCAAAACACCUACGACUGGGAUUUGCUAGCUGCCAGAAGUAUUUGGGCUUUUGGACCCGACGCGACUGGUCCGAAUAUUUUAGUCGACGACACUCUGCCUUCCGAAGUUGACAAAAAUUUACUAAACAGUGCUCGAGACGCCAUCGUUCAAGGAUUCCAGUGGGGAACUCGAGAAGGUCCCCUUUGUGAGGAACCAAUUCGAAAUGUCAAGUUCAAAAUUCUCGACGCUGUGAUUGCCCAGGAACCCUUACAUCGAGGAGGCGGACAGAUAAUUCCAACCGCGAGAAGAGUGGCUUACUCAGCUUUCCUGAUGGCUACGCCUCGUUUAAUGGAACCCUACCUCUUCGUUGAAGUCCAAGCCCCGGCGGAUUGCGUCUCUGCCGUUUAUACAGUCCUGGCAAAAAGACGAGGCCACGUUACUCAGGACGCUCCAGUGGCCGGAAGUCCCCUCUACACGAUCAAAGCCUUCAUCCCUGCGAUCGACAGUUUCGGAUUCGAAACGGAUUUGAGAACGCACACCCAGGGACAGGCCUUUUGCCUUUCAGUUUUCCAUCACUGGCAAAUUGUACCUGGAGAUCCACUCGACAAGAGUAUCACGAUUAGGCCCCUAGAGCCCCAGCCACCAACUCACUUAGCGAGAGAAUUUAUGCUCAAGACCAGAAGGAGAAAAGGUCUAUCUGAGGAUGUUUCCAUCAACAAAUUCUUCGACGAUCCUAUGUUGUUGGAACUCGCACGACAAGACGUGCUUCUCAAUUAUCCUAUGUAAUUUAUGCAACAUCAAGUAUUCAAUUUUUACGCUUUCGUAGCCCGGAUAGAAACCCUUGUAGUUUCGGUCCGUCGUACUUUUUUCACGAGACUCGAGAUUCGAGACAAGAUUCGAGACGAGGUUCAAGAUAAGAGUCGAGAUUCAAGACGAGGCUCGAGAUUAGGGGGGAAGGAAGGGGAGAUAUGAUCGACUCGAUAGGCUGCGAAGUCCUUUGUCGUAGGCGCAUGUCGCCUACUUUGACUUAAUUUUUUGUAAUAGCCACUAUUAUUGUAAAUAUUCAUAUUUCUGUCAAGACUUGUGGUUCUAUUUUUAAGAUAAUGAUCAGCAAUUAUAAUAAACUGUCUUGAAACAAUUUCCAGUUCUGCAAAAGUAUCUUUCUUGAUGCCUCGGACUCACAAUUAGGCAGCUAUUGAAACUAUUUGACAGUUUUUGUCAGCGACGCCACUAUUUUAAUGAAAAUGCGAGCUUCUUUCAUGAUGGCGAUUUGAUCGGGAAAUUACCAGAAAUUUGAUUGGUCUGUAAAAACUCGGGACUUUAUUUAAAAACCCGGUAAUUUACUUCUGAUUGCAGUAAAAUUGAAGUGUUUAUUAUUUAAAUAAUUUUGGUCGAUUUAGAAAGUAAAGACAGUUAAUUGUAGGUUAGGUCUGUUAUUUAUCUGCUUAAUUGAACUUUUUGACUGGAAAU